GUGAAAGACCUGCCGCAUCCCGAGCAAUCACGACCACAUCAUCACACACUUCCACACGACCCUGACGCCUCCUUUUUCAUUCUUGAUACCCUUUUCUUUAAUUCUGCAGCGCGCGAUUCUGUCCACCGUUCUCGUCAACCUACUUCGUCAUCCACUGCGCACCCCGGCGAACCCCGCAAACCCGCUUCGACAGGCCGGAUCCGCGUUUCCCAGCCUUUGACGUCGGUAGGCCACCCGGCCUCAGCGAUAUCAGCAGCGCGCUCCACCAUAACAAUCGGCCGGCGCUCGACGGAGUGGUGAGGGGACACAUUUCCAAAAAUGUCUGCGCCAUCGCCGCCAAAGCCCUGGGAGACAAGCGGAGGCGCAACGAGUGCCUCGGUUGGCCUCACAGGGUCUAGCACGACAACACCAGCAGCAUCGUCAGCGGGCGCACCGCCGCCCCUCCCGUCAGUGCCAGAUUCGCUCAGCACAGUCGCAAACAGGAACGCAUCGACAUAUUCGAACAUGAACCGAGGCUACGGUGCCUCGCCAUACGGCGGCGGCUACAGCAGCUAUUCCUCACCGUACGGAAUGGGCGGCAUGGGCUCGAUGGGCUCGAUGGGCUCGAUGUACGGCGGUGGUUACGGCGGGGGAUACGGCGGAAUGUAUGGUGGGAUGGGCGGCAUGGGGAUGGGUGGCAUGUACGGCGGCAUGGGCAUGCCUGGCGACCCGAACAACCCGCAGAGCCUCACACAGUCGUUCAGCCAGAGCACACAAGCGACCUUUCAGCUGAUCGAGAACAUUGUUGGCGCAUUCGGAGGAUUCGCACAGAUGCUUCAGAGUACAUAUAUGGCGACACAUUCGUCCUUCUUUGCCAUGGUGUCAGUUGCUGAACAGUUCGGCAACCUACGACAAACGCUCGGCUCGGUGCUGGGAAUCUACACGGUGAUGCGGUGGAUACGGACAGCCUUUGCGAAACUCACAGGACGACCCAUGCCAGCAGAUGCAAUGGGCCUGACACCCGCAGGAUUUCACGCGUUCACAGGAAAGCUACCUGAUGGCUCACCUGCGCCACCAAAACCCUCGAAGAAACCGUUCUUCUUCUUCAUUGCCGCCGUAUUCGGUCUGCCAUAUCUGAUGGGUAAGCUCAUCAAGGCGCUGGCACGAUCGCAAGAGGAGGCUGAAAAGCGACGAAUGCUGGAGAACCCACAGGCCGCGGCAAUCGACCCCAACAAGCUCGAGUUCUGCCGCGCGCUGUACGACUUCACACCUGACGCAAACAUGUCAGGAAUGGACUUGGCGGUCAAGAAGGGCGACAUGGUCGCAGUUUUGAGCAAGAGUGAUCCGAUGGGCAACACAUCAGAGUGGUGGAAGUGCCGCUCACGAGACGGAAGGAUGGGAUACCUCCCCGGUAUCUACCUCGAGACCAUCCAGCGCAAGCAGCCUGCGCAGAUCACAAGCGGAAGCCAGGCCGGUAGCUCAGCAGGUAGCAGGACGCAGACUAUGACCAGCAGUAGCGCCACAAGCCGGACCGCUACCAUGACCGGCAAGCCAGUCGAGGGCCCCAAAAUUGAGGGUAAAGCUGGUGAUAUGGGAGUGGAGAGCUUCCAGAAGGGUGCUUUUUACUCUUGAUUCUCUCCUCGAUAUUCGCUCUGGCGUUUCUUUCUUUCUUUGUAUAUUGCAAUGUCGUGCGUAAGUAAGCGCGUUGGUCUCAUACUGGGCACUGGCCAUCUUGAGUUGUAUAUUGAUAGCUGGGAAAAGCAACGCAAGGCGCAUGGCUUUUGGUUUGAUUAGAGAUAUCACGGCACAAGAUAUGAUGUACAGCUUCUCCAGCUCAAAUAACUAUUUCACUCGUUUGCCC